GCAUUCCAGGAGUUCCCCAACCCUCCCCCAGUUGGGCCUACGGACGGUGUCAGCUGGUGUUAGUGACUCGUGUCCUUGUCGGUGUUGCGCAAACUACCUGUGGGGCGAAAAGGCAGUCCGUCCUGGUCAGGACAGAGAUGUUCAGUUUAAAUGUUUGAGAAGGAAAGCAAAAUUGAGAUACACAUAGUGGAAUUGCAUUUGGAAGAAGUUGAUUCUUAUUUUUAAACACCAUUUGGAGAGACUCCUGAAUACGAAGUACAAUCAUCCAGGAAGCUACAACUUUAUAAACACAUAGGAUUGCCAUAUUUUCUUCAGGAUGGACAUUGCAACGGAUUGCAAACAGAAUCUUUCAAAUGAGAUCUAUCGACUUGAAACGUUCGUAAACUUUCCAUCUGAUGUUCCAGUGUGUGAAACAACAUUGGCCAGAGCAGGCUUCUUCUAUACUGGUUACAAAGACCAGGUUAAAUGUUUCAGCUGUGGUGGCACAAUAGAAAACUGGCAACAUGGUGAUUCUGCCGUGAGAAAGCACAGGCAACUUUUCCCAACUUGUCCUUUUAUUAAUGGUUUAAGGGUAAAUGAACAAGUGUCAAACUCUAGUUUUCCAGUUGUGUCUCGUGCUGAGUUUGCAGCUACUGAAAGUCAAUGGUCUACGAUAAAUGGGCCUUCCAGACUUAAUAGUAAUCAUGAACUUUCCCGUGAUCCUGUGAGAAGUGGAAGCAUUGAAGACAUGUCCCAUCUACGACCCAGAAAUCCUGCCAUGUGCAGUGAAGCUGCCAGACUCAAAACCUUCACUAAUUGGCCUAGUUAUGGCAUCGUAACCCCAAGAGAGUUGGCUAAAGCAGGGCUAUACUACAUUGGCAAAGAUGAUCAAGUUCAAUGCUUCUGUUGCGGUGGAUUUUUGAAAAACUGGGAACCUGGAGAUCGAACAAUGUCUGAGCAUAAAAGGCAUUUUCCCAUGUGCUCUUUUGUUUCUGGCCUUUCAGUUGGAAAUGUACCAAUUGAUUCAAAUUGUGGCACAGGAGAUGUUAACCAGCACUUAAAUGAUGAACCAAAAGCUAGCUUUUUUCAUCUCCCCAAACACCCAGAAAAACAGUCUUUCAAUUCUCGGCUUCAAACUUUCAAACACGGAAUGUAUUUUCCACUUGAUGUUGAAGACCUUGCUGGAGCUGGAUUUUACAGCACAGGUGAUGGAGACAACGUGAAGUGUUUUCACUGUGAUGGAGGCCUACGAAAUUGGGAACCUGGUGAUAAAGCCUGGGAGCAGCAUGCAAAAUGGUUUCCUGGGUGUGCUUUCCUGAUUCAACAGAGAGGCCACGACUUCGUUAAUGAUGUCCAGUUGAAGAAAUUGCAUUUGAAUUCCACAAAUCAAGCACUGCCACAAGAUGGUCAAUCUGCUCUUCGUUCUGAAUCUGAUUUGUCCGAUUUUGCAUUAGCUUUUUCAGAAAGCUCAUUAAUGCAGAGUCCUGCAGUUUUGGGUGCUCUUGAGAUGGGAUUUGACAAGGUGAUGAUAAUGCAACUGGUGAAAAAGAAACUUGAAUCGACAUGCGAAACGUACAACUCUGUGGAAGCCUUGGUUGGAGAUCUUCUGGCACUAGAGGGAAAAACUCAGGAUCAGAAACAUGAGGAACAAAAAGAAGUUACAAAUGUGGAGGAGCAACUGAAAAAACUGAAGGAAGAAAAGUCCUGUAAAAUUUGCUGGGAUCGAGAUGUUUGCAUUGCCUUUCUGCCCUGUGGCCAUAUAGCCACAUGUAAAGAAUGUUCUUCUGUAAAGAUGUGCCCAAUUUGUUGUUCCAAAAUUCUGGAGCGCGUUAGAAUAUACAUGGCUUAAUAAGUGGGAAAGUAACUUGAAUGAGCAAUUAUUGCUAAUUCUGAAAAUGAAUAUUUUUCUUAAUUAAAUGAAGGUGACUUUGACAUUCCCUGUUCAAUGAAUUUUAUGCGAUGAUAAAUGCAAAUCACUGUACAUAAUAUAGAUUUAAUUGUAUUCCACUUAACUGUUAACUUAAUUACACUUAACUAUCCAAGCAACAUGAACAAAUUAAAAUGAAUUUAAAUAUUGGAAAGGCCAUGACAUUUUCAUGAAACAAGUUAAUGAGAUUUUCAGAAUCUUCAGAAAAUGGAAUGUUUUGUAAGGACCUCUGAUCUUGGAGAUUUGCUUAAAGAUUCAACCAUUUAUUUUCAACAUGAUGUAAGUUAACAUUUGGAUACUGAAGACAAAGAAUUGCUUUAAAUUAAAUGUUACUUACUGUAGAGAACCUUACAAAAUAUUCAGGUGUAGUCAAGUUUCAGUCCUUAGGUGUGUAUACAGUCAUCCAGCAACUAUAUCAUGGAACAAAGAUGGAGUGGUGGAAUUGUCAUGUCGUGGCUUUGUGAAGUUGGAUCCACAACUGCACAUAUUUUGAUUGAUGUUUCCAAAUGCUCUCAUUUGCACAAGUAAGUUAUACAAAUGGACAGUGGAAGAACUAGGAAUUUUCAAUUCUGUCUCCAGAUAAUGAUUAUAAGGAAAAAGUUGUUCAGUAUUUGGGUUAAGGAUGAAUUAAUGUUGAGUGAACUAAAAGUACAUGAAGUUUUCAAACUCAGCACUGUAGCUUUCAUCUGUCCGUGGACAUUAGGAACAGUUAUCCUAUGGCAAAGCCGACCCAAUAUCAGAAUGAGCAUUCUACUCAUAAUGGUUGGUCUGUUCUUUGCGGGUUUGCAGUGGAAUAAUUUUAAAUGCUACAGAUUGUAUGAGAUUGCCAUUAAUAUUUACAAUGUAAGAAUGUCAAGAGGACUUCAAGUUGAAUGUUCAUUUUAUUUGGGAUAGGGUGUAGAAAUCAAAUUCUAAUUCACUUUUGACUGGGAUCAACCUGCAGAUGAACCAUAUUUUGGAUCAUGUAUACUUGUUUUUUUUUGAAUUUUAAGUAAUGUACUUGUGUUGGACCAAAGGAAUAAAAUAUACUCAAUUAAAUAUUUUUAAGAUUUAUAUUAAUUUGUAUCUUUUUGGAGUUGCUCUUAUGUUCUGAUUUGGCACUUUUUGAAAAAUGUUUUUAAAUUAUAGUUGAGAGAGUGAAAAGAGUUUUGUAAUAAAAGUUCAUUACCG